AUUGAGAGAUGCUAGGGAGGAUUCCAAAUUAUUCCAAGAUAAAUGAUAAGCUUAGAGAAGUCAAAAAGAAAGAAUUUGAUCGAAACAUCCUCGUUAUUUACUCAUCAUUUCCUCCUACUACCGGUGGCCACCGGGAUAGAAGAUAAGCGUCGCAAAUCACAGUACCCACCACCACAACUCCCCUUCUUUCCACCGUGGCGACGGUCCCGCUGUUCCAUUUAUGCCGGAAUGAAUUUGUUCCGGCGAUAACAUCUACUGUAUGUAGCUAUGAGGAUAGGAUGACGUUUAAUUUCUUUUCCAAAUGCACGUGCCUUUUGCCACAGCAAUUCGCUUCUUUUGUCUGCUACUCAGGAAGAUCGGCUGAUUACUAAUCUUGGACAUUAGAAUCCAUCAGGUGGAAGCUGAGUCUUUUUGAUCCUAAUGCAAAAUACAUUUGACCCAACAUAUAACACUCUGCGACAGAUACGCAUCUACUGGGCAGAAUAUCAUAGUGGCAAAUUUGGACAGCUUUGGGUAUUUGGCCCCAAUUAUCGGACAAAAGAGCUGGACUUCAGACGGGAUGCAAAGAAGCUAGCUUUGGAUUUCCUACUGGAGAAGUCAGAAUGCACUCUGCCAGAUCUCUUGAGUACAUUAGAAGACAUUGAAGAAAAAGCAAGGGCUACUUAUGCUGAGGAAGCUUUGCAGAAUAUGGACCAAGUUGAUUUUCAAGAAUUGAUGGCAGUGGAUGGUUGUUUUUUUCUCCUGAUUGCGUUCUUUAUUCUUGGAGUGGGGUCACCUGGCGUCGAACUUAAGUUUUCAGAUGAUCAUCCUAUCUUUGGGAUAGGAUGUGUGAAAGAAAACAUGGACAUGUGGCUUAGUUCCAUGUUCUUUGUCGGGAAUCAGAUGCCGUUUAUAGUGCUCGAGCAGUUGAUGAAACUGAGGUUCUUCCAGGAACUAAAAACAAAAAAUGAAUGGAAGCAACCACUGGAAUUGGCAAAAAGAGCCAUAUAUGAGUUACUCGUGACAGAGCUGGAUCAAAAACCAGUUGAUCUGAUACAUUGUCUGCAGAGACUUGUGCCUGGAACAAAAAGUGGUUCAGGUGUAGUUAUCCCUAUAAUGGGCAAUAAUUUUUGUGAUGAAACUGAGGUUAUACCUUCUGCCAAGGAAUUGUGUGAACGAGGCAUUGCAUUUCGAGCACUAGAGAAAGAUCUGGGAAGUAGAGGAAUUCAUUUCAAGCUUGGUUUCUUCAGUGCUGUUCUUAACUUGCCUAUUUUCAAGGUUGACAGGUACACAGAGCUGGUGGUGGAAUCUGUUCGCAAGUAUGAAAUUGUUCAAGGAGCCCAAGGGAUUGAACCUGAAUCAAGCUCCUUCCUUAAGCUUUUAAGUGAGUUGAUUCGCUCACCACAAGAUGUUGAAGUACUUUCCUCCCAAGGAGUCAUUCAAGGAAGAGCAGAGGGCUUGCCGAUAUUUCUGAGCAAUUUUGAUGGCACGGUAUCGUGUGAACAUCUUUGCAAUGUGAGGAGAGAAAUCAAAGAAUAUCCCCUGCGGCUGUGGUGGAAACACAAAAAGCUCAUUGGCUUCAUUAGCAUGACUUCUGCAAUUCUUUUGCUUAUACUUGCAUUCUUGCAAACAGACUAUUCUGUUCUUGGCUACAACAAACAGGGACAUUCGUAAUCACUGAUCUUAUUUCGGCACAAAUGAGAUCCGACUUUGAGCUCUCUUUGUUCAAUCUGAAAUAUUACUAGAUUUAUAUUUGAUGUACCCUCAAAAGGAAAAAAACACUAUAAUUGAUGCUUCUGCAAUGGGAUCUGCUGGAGGCAUUAUAUAGCGAAUUAGGAAAUGUGGUUAAGUGCAGGACUGCUGAUAAAAGUUGGAUUCCAGUUUUAGCUUUACAAUGGAUGAACCAUUCCAAUACAGAUAUAUCUAGAAGUCCUUACCCUCGUGCUGAAAAUAUAUUAGUGUAUGGAUACAAAAAAAGGGGGCCUUUAAGAGCCAACCCAGUUUCAA